CAAUACUCAGUGUGGUCCCGUUAUUGAAAACCAAAUAACACCACCACAAAAUCCCUCAAAAGAAGCAUUUUUGCCCCAAAACACACAUUUUCUUUCUCUCCUUCUUUCUCUCUUUCUUCCCCUUUUGCUCCCAUUUUGCCAUGACAUUUCCAAGCACUGAACUGUGAUCCUGUGGUCUCCUCUUUUCCUUUUGGCACCGACCAACCAUGGUGGAUCCCCUUCCUCCCCCCAUGGCUGCAGGGCAGCGAUAGCAGCUCCCGGCUGUGGUUCCUGGGUGGGUGCAUCCCUGUGCUGCUAAAGGGCCAAAGUCGCUCCGAGUGUCGUUAACUAACGAGGCAGUUCUGAUUAAUGAUUGAUGGCGGGCGGGCGCUAGGACCGCUGGGACACCACAUCUCUGUAACCAGAAGAGAAAUCAGGAAAUAACGCCCGGCUCUGCCUGCGCCCUUUGGAAAUCACACAGCGCUGCAGGAGGAGUUGGUUGGUUGUCCAGGACUGUGGCUGAGUGACCCCACGGCUUCACGGCUCCAAAGCAUCACAGCCCCGUAUGGACACGUCUGGGGGUGACACUGGGAGCAGACAGCAGUCCCUGAUGCGCUGACAGAUGAUCAUGUCCAGGAAACAUUGGCCUGCGGGGACGCAGUGCGUCACCAAGCACGACCACACCAAGCCCAAGGCUGGCGAGCUGGCCUUCCAUAAGGGAGACGUGGUCACCAUCAUUGAGGCUGUGGAGGGCAGGAGUUGGUACCGUGUGCGGCACAAUGAGAGCGGGCAGGAGGGGCUGCUGGCGGCCGCAGCGCUGCGGGAGCGUGUGGCCAUCCGUGCUGACCCCAAACUCAGCCUGAUGCCCUGGUUCCAUGGGAAGAUCUCAGGGGUGGAGGCGGUGCAGGAGCUGCAGCCCCCCGAGGACGGGCUGUUCCUGGUGCGUGAGUCGGUCCGGCACCCCGGUGACUACGUGCUGUGUGUGAGCUUUGGCAAGGAGGUGAUCCACUACCGUGUGCUGCACCAGGACAACACGCUGAGCAUCGACAACGAGCAGUACUUCUGCAACCUCAUCGACAUGAUCGAGCACUACACGGAGCAGCAAGGAGCCCUCUGCACCAAGCUGGUGAAGCCCAAAGCCAAGAGCGGGAUGAAGUCGGCCGAGGAGGAGUUGGCCAAAGCUGGAUGGCUGCUCAACCUGCAGCACCUCACACUGGGAGAGCGCAUCGGGCAAGGAGAGUUUGGAGAUGUCCUGCAGGGUGAGUACAUGGGGCAGAAGGUGGCUGUGAAGAACAUCAAGUGCGACGUGACCGCUCAGGCCUUCCUUGCUGAGACUGCCGCCAUGACGAAGGUCCGGCACAAGAACCUGGUGCGUCUGCUCGGUGUCAUCCUGCACAAUGGCCUCUACAUCGUCAUGGAGUUCAUGAGCAAGGGCAACCUGGUCAACUUCCUGCGCACACGGGGCCGCGCGCUCGUCCCACUGCCACAGCUCCUGCAGUUCUCUCUGGACGUGGCCCAGGGCAUGGACUACCUGGAGUCCAAGAAGCUGGUGCACAGGGACCUGGCAGCCCGCAACAUCCUCAUCUCCGAGGACAACGUGGCCAAAGUGAGCGAUUUUGGCCUGGCCGGGGUCAAUCCCCGCAGUGCGGACACCACGCUGCUGCCCGUGAAGUGGACGGCUCCUGAGGCCCUGAAGCACAAUAAAUUCUCCUCCAAAUCGGACGUGUGGAGCUACGGGAUCCUCCUGUGGGAGCUGUUCUCCUUUGGCCGAGCACCCUACCCCAAGCUGAGCCUGAAGGAGGUGACGGAGCAGCUGGAGCAGGGGUACCGCAUGGAGCCCCCCGAGGGCUGCCCACCCUCCGUGUACGUGCUGAUGAGGAGCUGCUGGGAGAUGGAGCCGGGUAAGCGGCCGUCCUUCAAGAAGCUCACGGAGAAGCUGCAGAAAGAGCUGAAGCACCUGAAGGACGUUUAACCCACGUUCCAAGGAGCCCCCAGGACUCGUGGGAGGAGCCCCCAGGAUGGGGAGCAGUGUGAAAAGGGGCGGCCUGGGGGCUGCUCCCUCCCGGUGAGGAUGGGGCAGUGGCUCCGCAGGGUGCCCACCUCCCCUGCAGGCACCCACAGGGCGCAGUGUCCUCCCCCCAUCUCCCAAGAGGAUGCAGUGGACAGAUGGAUCCUCCCGUCCCUGUGGGGCCCUUUACUCGGUCAUGCAUGGGGACACCAGGAGCGGCAGCACGAGGUGCAUGGAGACACCAACCCCAUUCAGCUCAGCCCCGCGUGUUUGGGCCUUUUGAUUAAACCACAGAAAUUGGUUGA